AUGUCGACGGGGAAGACUGCUACUCCAGAGAUCUGCAACUCUGCCGCCGCAAACCGAGGCGGCUUUGUGAAGACAAGUGGAGCACACUUUGUGCUGAAUGGGAGGAAAUUCUACUUCAAUGGGUUCAAUGCCUACUGGAUGAUGUCCAUGGCUUCCGAUGCCGGCAACAAGGACAAGGUCACCACUGCUUUCCAACAAGCUUCCAACCUUGGCUUGAAUGCCGUUCGAACCUGGGCUUUCAGUGAUGGCUCUCGCUAUAAGGCCCUCCAGCCCUCUCCCGGCUACUACGACGAGGAAGUUUUCAGGGCAUUGGACUUUGUGGUGUCGGAAGCCGGCAAGCACGGGAUUUAUCUGAUUCUGAGCUUGGUGAACAACUGGGAUGACUACGGCGGCAAGAAACAGUAUGUGCAGUGGGCCAAAGACAAAGGCCAUUACUUGAACAACGACGAUGAUUUCUUUUCUGAUCCUUUAGUCAAAGGAUUCUACAAGGAUCAUAUCAAGGCUGUACUGACGAGAGUGAACUCCAUUACUGGAGUGGCAUAUAAGAACGAUCCCACCAUUUUUGCAUGGGAGCUCAUGAACGAACCUCGCUGCCAAAGCGACCUAUCUGGGAGACCUUUCCAGUAUUGGGUUGAAGAAAUGGCAGGCUAUGUGAAGUCUAUCGACGAAAACCAUCUUGUUGAAAUUGGACAAGAAGGAUUCUACGGCGAAUCAGCGCCGGAAAGGAAAGAGUUCAACCCCGGCUACGAGGUCGGCACCGACUUCAUCGCCAACAACCGGGUUCCGGCUGUCGACUUCGGCACCAUUCAUCUCUAUCCUGAACAAUGGGUAUACGGAUCGAGUGAAGAAGCUCAAGAUAAAUUUGCGGAAAGAUGGAUAGAAUCCCACAUCCAAGACUCGGACAGUGCGAUCAGGAAGCCAUUGCUGGUGACUGAAUUUGGCAAAUCUUCGAGGGUAACGCCAUACUACAAUGACAGCAAGAGGGACGCCUACUUCCAGAUCAUAUUCGACACCGUGUACGGCAGCGCUCGGAGCGGCGGGUCUUGCGGCGGCGAGCUGUUUUGGCAGCUCAUGGUGUCCGGAAUGGACGGCUGGCAUGAUGGGUACGAAGUUGUGCUGGAAGAUAGCCCCUCCACGGCGUCCCUCAUUUCUCAAGAGUCUCAGAAACUUUCGGGCCUCGACUGGUGA